GUGAUCGUGUUAACGGAAACCAAGAAGUUGGAGGUGACUCAACCCAAGGUUACAGCCGAGGGUGGCCUGGAUCUGGGCACUGCCAAGUACAUAGAUCUGCCGCCCGCAUUUGCAAACGGAAAAAUUGGCAAUCCAGUCUUUGGGGACUUUGGUAAGCUGGGUUGGUUUAUUAUCUGUACGUUGCCAAUGCUAUAUUUACCUGGAUCCAAUUGA